GGUGCGGCCUGACGCCACCGGCGGGCGACGAGCGCAGCGGUCCGUGACGGGGCACGUCAUGAGGGAGCGCCGGCGGCCCGCGAGCGCCGGCCUGCGGGCUGGCUGCGGACAUGGCGCCGGCGCGGCGCGUCCUGCUGCUCGGGGAGGGCAACUUCUCCUUCGCGGCCUCCCUGUGCGGGGCCGCGGGGACCCACGUCGUGGCCACUUGCUACGAGAGCGAAGAGGAGGUGUGCGGGCGGCGGCGAGCCGCGGAGAGCAUCCGGCGGCUGCGGGAGAGAGGAGCUGAAGUUGUGUUUUCUGUGGACUGCACCAAGCUAAAUGACUAUUUUUUACCAGAAGAAAGAGAAUUUGAUUGUAUUUAUUUCAACUUCCCUCACUGUGGGAGAAAAGCAGGGGUAGUGAAGAACAGAGAGCUUCUUGCCCACUUUUUCCAUAGCUCCUCAGAAGUGCUGACAGAGGAGGGAGAGAUCCAUGUGGCUCUUUGCAAUGGACAGGGUGGGACACCUGCUGAUCAACCAAAGAGAGAAUGGCACAACAGCUGGCAAAUUGUGGCUGUGGCAGCAGGAGCUGGAUUUAUCUUGAGUAACAUUCAUCCUUUUAAAGCAGAGACUAUCCAUGGAUAUAAGUGUACAGGCUACAGGAGUCAAGAUAAAUCUUUCCGUGUAGAGGGUGCUUUAAACCACAUUUUCACACGAAGCAUGCCACUUCCAUAUUUCAAACCUAUGAUCUGUGAGAUGGAACUGAAAAGCCGAAAAGUUUCUUUUCAAGUACCACAAGUACUCGUGGAUAAAAUUAAUAGGGGUUUCCUAGAACAAAAUUCAAAUCAUCCAGUACGGACAGUAAAGGAGAAGAUCACUGCAGACCUCAGCCAAGCCUUUCCGUUACAAAACAUUGACUGCUGCCUUUCUCUGCUCCACCAAGGUCACCUCAAUGAUGUUUGUCACUCAAAUAUCUUUUGGAUCAUUCUGAGCCCAGAGGACACUCCAAGUACUGAAGAAAUGUCUAACGGACUGGUGAAUGAAAUUUUAUUUUCCCAUGUUGAUUUUAGCAGGGACACAGAUAAAAAUGGCUGGGUGAACAUAGAAGAGGGAUGCCACAUUUCAAAUCAAUAUUAUCUUAGACCUUCCCUUCUACCUUAUGCUCAGGCAAUAAUACAAAGAGGAGCUUUUCCCCUGGGGACACUUCAUGCUCUUUCUGGCCCCGUAUUCAGGAAGUGUCUUAUCACUCCUUACUCCAUGCCUGUUUUUCAUGAGAUGGUUUUUGUAUGUGCAGUUAACAGGGGUACAGAGAACAGCUGUAUCCAGAUGUUGGUGAAUAACAUGAAAACCAGCAUACAUUGUCUUCACCAGACUGUUUCCGGCUUUCAAGUUAAUAUUGAUCUACAGGAAGCAACGAGCUUUGAAACAACUGAGCUAAAUGACUUUGCUGCUUUUGAAUCUCAGCUUAGUAAAGUUCAGUACAUCAUCUGUGUGGAGAUGGAUACUUCAGGCUUCUCUAAGAAGGGGUCCUGUGUGGGAAUUAUAAGGACAGCUUAUUAUGAACUAGAAAGCAGUGAGUUGGUUGUUGUCUUUGCUUCACUGAAUCUCGACCUACUAGCCAUGCUGAUCUGUGGAAUAUCUGACUGGCGAAUGCUCUGGACAUCAGACACGCGGUUCCUCCAUCAAUUUCCUAGAGGAGAGUUAAGGCUUUUCAAGAAUUUUUCUCUCUAUCCACCUUCCUACGUGCAUGAUGUCAGCUUUUGGGUUCCUGACGGGGAGCAAUUUGAUGAAGUUGCUUUUCACACCAUUGCUAGGCAGGUGUCAGGUGAAACGGUUGUAUCUAUCCAGUUAAUUGACAGUUUCCAGCAGCCAGAGACGGGACGGAAGAGCCUCUGCUACAGGCUGACCUUUCAGUCCUGUGACAAGGCACUGAGCCGCCGGGAGGUGGCAGAGAAGCAGUUGCUCUUUCGGAAGGAAAUUGAGCAAUGCCUGUGUGUAACUCUUCGGUAGACCGUGGUACAUUGUUCUCAGGUGCACGAGCAGUGCCCGCGCUUGCUGCCGAUGUGGAAAAUGCAGCCAACAUCCUGUCGGACCUAACGCUCCGUGUUAUUGCAGUGCUUCUCCCAAAGGCGCUGUGGACUUCAAGUACCUGCACACAUUCAACAUGGGGAAAUUCCUCUUAAUGAAGAUCAAGCACCUUCCCGUUCUGCGUGUGUGUAAUGAAACCUCAUUUUGAAAAGUGGAGUCUUUCUUUGCUAGGGUGCUGUGAGGCUGGGCUUGAUCUCCUUACUGCUGCCACUUCACUUUUCCUAUUCUUGUGUUUGCCGAGCACUUUGUACUGGUGGCAACUGUAUCGAGUAAACUGGAAGAAGGAGGCUCUUACUACUUCUGAAGGGUUGUGUACAGUUUGAGCACUGAAAGCUCUCUCUGGGCAGCUGCUCAGUCCCAGUGGGAGGGCGGUGUGUGCUGGGCUGCCCCGUGCAGCAUCUCAGAAGGGGGGCCAGGGCCAGUGCUGGGCCUGAGGGGACCCCAGCCACGUGCACCAGCACACUAUUUUCUGAAUAGCUAAUGCAGAAGGUAAUCGCAA